AUGGCCGAUACUAUGGUUUCGACUAUACGUUCACCACUAUCCGAAGCUUCGAACCGAAUCAACUCAAACUAUCCAACUCAAGAAUCUCACCGUUACAAGCCACGCUACGAUCGCACCAACCCAUCGACUGUUACUAGUACCUCACGCGCGAGCUAUGGGCAUCCCGCUGCAUACUUUUCUGGCCGACCUCCUCCUACACAACCACAACCACAGCCCAUCAACCCAACACCUCAAGGCCAGGCUGAUUUGAAACCCCCUCAUGAGAUGGAGGAUGACCGCCGGCAUUCGGCGGCCUCUUACGAUUCCUCAGGCAGUAGUCGCAGCAAAAGGAACUACAAGACGCACAUCGGCCCAUGGCAACUGGGCAAGACGCUGGGCAAAGGCUCAUCUGCACGUGUACGGUUAUGCCGUCACACCGUCACCCAUCAGUUGGCUGCUGUCAAAAUCGUCAACAGACGCAUGGCCUACCUUGUACAGGAUAGCAGUUUGGCCGCUCUUAGCAAGUGGGAUAAUAAUCUCCCAGAGCAGGUCAAUGGCGAGAUGCGUGUUCCUAUGGCUAUUGAGCGAGAAGUGGCGAUUCUCAAGCUCAUUGAGCACCCAAAUAUCAUGAAGCUAUACGACAUCUGGGAGAACCGCUCAGAGGUUUACUUAAUUCUUGAAUACAUCGAUCAUGGUGAUUUGUUCACCUUCAUCAACAUGAAGGGGCGCCUCAGUGAGGAAGUUUCCGUCUUCUUCUUCCGCCAAAUUAUCAGCGCCAUAUCUUACUGCCAUUCAUUCAACAUUUGCCAUCGAGACUUGAAGCCUGAGAAUAUCUUGAUCAGCGCCGACCUCCAAAUCAAAAUUGCCGACUUUGGCAUGGCCGCUCUCCACCAGACGGACACUCAUCAGCUUGCCACAGCUUGCGGCAGUCCUCAUUAUGCAGCACCCGAGCUACUCAAGAAUAAAGAAUACAGAGGCGACAGGGCAGACAUUUGGAGCAUGGGCGUUAUCCUUUUUGCCAUGCUCUCCGCCACCCUGCCUUUUGACGACCCCGACCUACGUGUGAUGAUGGCUAGAACAAAGAAGGGGCAAUACGAGAUGCCGGGUUUCCUCAGUCCAGAGGCCGAGGAUCUGAUUAGACGGAUGCUGCAAGUCAAUCCCGACAGACGCAUCACUCUUAAGGAGAUAUGGCGCCAUCCUCUGGUUCGGAAGUACGCGUAUCUUGACGAUCUUAGUGACCUCAACAGUCAGCCUCCUGAUAUACGCAAGGGGUUUCAGUACACCCCCGUGCCUGCAAAGGACGUCGAUUCUCAACUGGUCCGACAGUUGCGUUCCAUGUGGCACAUGUUUAGUGAGAAUGACUUGAAGCUAAAGCUCACAUGUGAUGAACCCAACGACCAAAAAGCUUUCUAUUGGCUAUUGCAUCACUACCGUGAGCAACAACUCGAAGAUUUUAAGCCCGAGCUCGCACACUCAACGAGUGAUUACCACCAUAUGCAGCCCGGCACAUGGAAGAAACGGAUAUCAACAUGUGAAUUUGCACAGUCGCGUGGCAAUGGUCAUGGACGUUCCAUAUCGCGGUUCACUGUGAUAUCCAAUGCCGCUGACCCAGAACGAGGGUCAAGUCGCGAUCCCCUCACAGGGGACCCCCAGAAGAAUUCGAAGUGGGUCGAGCGCACGUCGUGGGCGCGGGACCUCGACUCGAAACUCGACUACAGGACGGCUUCAGUCAUCUCGAGGGUCGCUUUCAUCCAUGCACAGCAGCCGACAGAGAGUGGCUCUAUGCCACCAUAUGUCACGGAGCAAGGGUCGACUUAUCAAAUCGAGAUGGCUCGAUCGCCCACGCCAGAACUUCCUAGCCUACCCAGCGGUGUGCUACCAAAGCCUACAGAUAGACAGGAGCCUCAUGGAAACACCAAGCGUUCUUCCGGGCAAGCCUUACGAAUAGCACUUGGGUCGCGAUAUGCAUCGGAGAUUUUCAAGGAGGAAUUACGACACUUCAGUAGCAACAUUGCAAAGGACUGUGACGAGGCUUUCAAGAGCUCAUUGAUGGAAGAAGAUUCUAUUGCCGGCUCAUUGACGGACCUUGAUCGGACCAUGAACGAGUCGACGCCUUUCUCUUUUACCAUCGACGCACCUGAUGAUUCGGCCCCGGACGUUCGUGAGAUGACGAACAAGUCUUUCAGUAACCGGCCUCUCCCACCGCUUCCUACUCCGAAUCAAGGCUACGAAGACAGAUCGCUGGCACCAACGCCAAUUGGAUCUCGGCCAACAACCGGAGACUCGCAUCUGGAAGAGUUACAUGCACAGCAGGUCAAGUUGGCCCAGCCAGUAGUGCUUACCAGGCACUCGGAACGACGGGUUGUCUCUGCUCCUGUUUGUACUCAAAAGCACAAACGGAAUGCCGCCCUACCACCUAUCAAUGAAACGGGAGCAGUGUCCGGGGACAAGGCGCGUAUCGUGUCAGCACCUCCUCAUACACCAACAAAGAGAGGAAUUGAUAGAAUCCGCGGCAUUGAAUACCUUAGCCAAGUCGAAAACAGCAUUCGUGUGGUAUAUUCACCGGGUGACCAGAGCCCUGUCAAAAUACCCGAACCGCUCAAUGUGAGGAAGAAAGUCACCGAAGUCGACCAAGGAAAUACAUCUUCCAUUAGUCAAUAUCAGGAACCGGAUUCUACCCUCCAACAGAGCAUGGAUGGCAGUACUGCAGGAACAUCACUGGAGCCCUCUUUACAACUCGACUCUCAAGCAGUUAACAAGAAAAAGAAGACGUCUUGGUUCAAACGAUCAUCUAAAACCGAGUCUGAGCCUAGCCGAGAGUCUGUUGAAUGGCACGAUUGCAACUCGUACUUGACCUCUAGUGACGGUAAGCGCAGUGAGACUCCUUCAACAGAUGCUCCUGCCAAGAAGAAGACUUUUAGCUUCAAUUUCUGGAAGAGUAACAAGCAAAGAGACUCGAUUAUGUCUAUCGCAGGUGAGUUGCCUACCAAGCCGUUGAACCGAGAAGUCGCUGGUAGUCUAACAUUGGUGCUAGGGCCUGAAGAGAAAGAAAACGGACCUUCAGUGGAUUUCAACGCCAUGAGUAAGACGAAUUCUUCCGCCAAGGUGACCCAAUCCGGAUGGCAUGAGUCUGGCUCCGGGCCAGUACGCAAUAUCGAGGUCAAACAGAACUGGCUCGCACGCCUUUUCAGAGUCAAGCCAGCGACAGACUACAUCUGCAUGACAGCCUCGAGAAGACAAGCGCGCCAAGAGGUUACUAUCCUUCUGCGCGAGUGGCGCAAGUACGGCAUUCGGGACAUCCAGGUGGACAAGCAAAGGAACAUUGUCUUCGCACGGGUUGCAGAUAAGAACUUUUUGAACCUGAAAGAAGUAUGCUUCGCAGCAGAGGUGAUGACGGUGAUUGAGCAUGGUAAGAAACAGCCACUCAGCAUCAUACGGUUCACACAAGAGCGAGGAGCAGCAAGCAGCUUCCACCGGGUGGUUGACACAAUGAGCAUGAUCUUUGAGACUCGGGCUUUGGUCGUAGUCGACAGGAGCAAGCAAAAGAUGAUGAUCAAGACGCUCAACUCAUAA